AUGAGCGGCAAGAAACGUAUUGUGAAGGAACUUGGGGAGAUCACCAGCAGUCCUCCUGAUGGCAUGCGGGUACGACUGGUCGAUGAGUCCGACGUACACAUCUGGGAGAUAUUCAUGGACGGGCCUGAGCAGUCUGUCUACUCGGGUGGCACUUUCAGACUUGUCCUCACGCUGCCAAAGGACUACCCUUUUAAGCCUCCGAUCUUGGCCUUUCAAACGAAGAUAUACCAUCCAAAUGUCAGCAACGAUGACAAAGGAUCCAUGUGUUUGGGCAUGCUGCGCAGUGACGAAUGGAAACCACCAAACAAGAUUCUAGCCGUGCUGAACAUGGCACGUAACCUUCUAGUGGAACCAAACCCUGAUGAUGCGGUCGAAACGGGUAUUGCAGAGCAGUACAAGAGCAAUCGGAAAGAGUUUGAGAAGACGGCGAAGGACUGGACCAAGAAGUACGCUAAUGCGAAGAAAUGA